CUUCCACGCCCGCUGCAUUCCCACCCAACGACCCACGCAGACCCUGUCUGGCAAACAAAAUGUCGUUCGACAAGGAAAUUGAGGCACCUUUUACUUUGGCCUCUUUACCACGUCCUCUUCAAUCCACGGAUGGGCAGACGCAAGCUUCCGGUGUCUGUAGUCUUAGCGGCGUGAGGAAGAGGAAGAGGACUGAGAUUGCCGUUGGUGUCGAUGGAGAGGGUGUCCUUAUAUACAGUCUUCAAAAUCCACAGCUCGUCACCUCAUACGCAUUGCCGCCAUGGACGUCUUUCACGACUCCCCCAUUUUCUAUUUAUCGGAAGGGCUCCUCCAAGCAGCCCUCCUGCCGCUUCACUUAUGCAUCUGUCUCGCCCUGCUCGCCUGUUGAAAGCCAUCAGCUGAUCUGCUUUACGGAGGAAGUCCACCUCAUGAAAGAAAAUAUCGCCGAUACCACUAAAACAUCCUACACCAUACCCAAAUCCACGUCUAAGGUCGUCGCCAUAGAUUUAAUACCCAUAUCCGCCGGUACCCAAGAUAAGAAAGUCUCUCAUGACGUCCUGGUCGUCUUUGAUGACGGUCAUGUCACAUCGCUCUCGUCCGAUCUCAAGUCUCAAAGAUGGCACACAGACCUUAACACUUUGGCUGCAUCCGGUACACAAGCCAAUGUCCGAGGCCUAUUAAAAGUCGAGCAUGUCACGGUAACCAUGGCAAAAAAAGUGCUUCGUGGCUUGUUACGUAGCCGAGGAGACAUUGCAGCCACCCUAGGUCCCCCUAUGGGUGCAAAGUCUGAGAUUUUGGAACUCAUCCAGGUUCUAUGUGUCGUUUCCAAGCGCCGAGAUGGCCAGUCUAACGAUGGCAUCUCUACUACACUAGACCUAUAUCAAAUAUCGCCGCGAUCUCCGGACCUCUUCACCAGCCAUAUGCUUCCUGUGAAGCACUUGGUGACGUGGGAGUUGCCUUCACCCUCAUCGAAUGACAUCAAUGGCGCUUCAAAAUCGGUGUAUUCUCUUCAUUCCGCUACGGGCAUCCUCCAUCAACUGACCAAUGGUGUUCUCUUCUCCUAUGAUUUCUCUGAAACGGUACCUAAGCGUUAUGCACAGCUAAAGAUUCCUGGGCUCGGGAGUACUUCCUUUAUUCGUAUAUUUCCCGAUUUGGUGUUCACGACCUCCCAGAAUUUCUGCGGGAUAUUUGAUGUCAAAUACAAUUCGAUCCAGGCGUUAGUGCCCCUCAAACAACGACUAACCGCCUCGCCGGGAUCCAAGAAACGGAAACAUGCAGAGCCAGAGUCUGUCUGCGAAACAGAAGCAGGGCCGACGUUGAUAACGUAUUUUGCAGACAUUGAGCUGGCGGUUGGUAUUCUCAACCAUGAAUUGAUUGGCAUACAGCUUGCUGGAACCCUUGCGCGCAAGAAAUUCAGGGCAGAUGGUACUCUUCUCAUCAACUCUAUUGGCAAGGGGAUUCAUCUAUCGAGAAACGGUCAACAGUGGCAAGACUGGCAGAGGAAAGUGCACAAGCUCGACAAGUACGCGUCAAAGGGGAAAGUUUCAGAAUUUGAAGAACUAUUCGCACGCGAACUAGAUGUAGACUUCACAGAUGCCGAUACCACGAACCCAGAUAUGCCCCAGAUUAAGCUCGAGAAUGGAGCUGAAAGGAGUCUCUUGACAAACGGAGUAAACGAAGAUACACCUGAUGAUCUGUCUGAGGCGGCUAUUGCAGAAAGACCGGGCGAGUCCUCGGGCACUGAAUUAAGGAAGUGGAAACUUCCAAAGGUUAUCACAGAUUCUCAUAGGCAUCGCCACAGGCAGCAUGCUGUCUAUGCACUAAGCAAAAUAUUCCAAUGGGAAGACCCUGGGUCGCGAACCCGAAAAGAAGCCAACCAUUCAUCUCUCCAAGUCAGAUUUUUCCCUCCCAACGUUUUUCAAUGGCUUCUACUGUCCGGUUACCUCACCAAAGAGUCUAUACGUCGCUCUCUAUUAGAACUCUCUCCGGAUGCUUCAGGAAGCAUUCCUUCCACUUCUGACGGAGACAUUGUUAAUUCAAUUGUGAGGUUCGACCCUGAAUUACACAUCCUAUCCGCAAUUUUGAACCACAGCAACUACCUUCCGGUUGGAGAAGUGGUCCAAGCUAUCAAUAUUUCAAUGCAAAACCUGGACGACCGCCCUCAGGCCGACGCCGAAGCGAAGCUUUCAGCAAGUGGCACUACGCUACCAGAAGUCGAAAUGAAUGUUGAUUUUGCCUCCGAACUAGAGGCUGCCACACACGACCUAGACCAUGCCCUAUCGAUUUUAAAUAACGGCCUUUUUAUCCGUAGCCAUACUCUUCGCCCUGCCCUCAUCAGACUCCAUACCUUUCCUGCUUCCAUCAUCACUUCGACACUCCGGUCAAUUCUUCCUCGUCGCGAGCUUGAGUCCUUAGUUCGACUCCUUCUCUCGGAACUCAAGAACGGCGGUUGGUCCUCAACGUAUGACUUCAUCGACCCGGAUUCUCUUCCAGCCGAAUCUUUAUCUGAAGAGCCCGAUGACCACGCGAUUGCCAUCAUCGCUUCAUUGCUCAGCUGCACCCUCGAUGCGAUUGGGCCAAGCGCCUGGCUUGCUGCUAGGGAGAAACCUUCAGAUGAAUCAACAGAAGAGAUGAUCAAUGAUUUGCAUGAAGAAACAACACUAGCACUCAACGGAUUUUGGGAAGCCCGAUUCAUGAGAGGUCUCUUAGGCGAGUUCCUACGAUACGCGGCAAACAUUGCGAAGAGUCAAAAGCCAACGAACACGUUGCUGCAAAAGCAAGGUAAACCAUUUGAGACUGACAUUGCGACGGAUGGGACACUCCCUAUGCUCCCUCUCGGAGGGAAAGUAGAUCUGGGUGUUGAGAAGACGAAGCCAGGUAAGGGUGGGAAAAAGGAGGAGCGAAGCGCCCGUGAGAUUGGGAUGCUGAUAAGCAAGAAAGUACCCAAGUAUAGCUUCGAGAGGAUUGUGAUAUAGUGGAGGGAGUACUAGCAUGUCAAAGAUACCACCAGUUCAUGCAAAUUUCAGUGCGCACAGUCCAUCUGUAUGUUUGGGCCUUUUAUUUAAGCGCAGCUUAGCGCAUGCUAGGAAAACAUGUUAUAGGUUUUGAAUUG